GAACUUGGAAAAGAGAUGAUCAAACAUCUAAUCCUGAAAAAUGUUCAUGUGAAAACCCAGAAACUGAGCUACAGAUGUCCUUCCACACGAGUCUUCAUCACUGUUUUUCCGCAGCCAAUUGUUCUGAGCCCUGGUAUGUCCUUAGCUCUGCCCAUCAUUUUCCGUCCCACUGAAAAGAGGGAGUAUGAAGACAGCAUCUGCUUUGAGAAGGCUGAGGGUGAGUUUUCUGUUACCCUGCGUGCCACACUCCCCCGCCACUGUCUGUUCUUCCCAGCUGCUCUCCACCUGCCGAUCUGUGCUGUCUACAAUGUCACAGAGGCAAUGUUCCCCCUACAUAAUGUUGGUGAUCUUACUACUGUGUUUUUCUGGAAGACACCAGGCCCUUUCCGCAUGAUUCCUGGCUGGGGCAUGCUGAACCCAGGUGCUGAGUGUAUGAUAAGGGUAGUCUUCGAGCCCAAGGCAGCUGUGUUGUAUGAUGUGUCAGCAACAUGCUGGUUUGGAGAUGAAGAGAAACAAAAGAGGACUAUUCAGCUAAGAGCCCUGUCCAAAUACCCCUACCUGCGGGUGAAUGUGCCAAGGGAACUGUGUGAAGAUGUGCAGCCUAGGAACUUUCGGGACGUGCUAUGCUUUGGAUCAGUGCCAGUAGGCACAACUGUGGAGAAGUGUGUAGAAAUCUGCAACAUGUCUGUGGUUGAUGCUCCAUUUAGGAUUGAAAGAGCAAAAGACCCUUUAUUUCAAGAUGAUGUUUUCUCCUGUGAUGUCUCCAAUGGUGUUGUUCCUGCCAAAGGGAAGCUGGUGUUGUGCAUGCGAUUUCAGCCACAGACAGUAGGAAAGCACAGUACUGACUACUUUACUGUCAUAUCUGCUGGGUCCCUCCUGAAGACUGUCCUGAAGGUGGUUGGCUCAUGUAAAGGUCCAUUUGUGUCUGUGCAGCGAUUUUCCUUGGACUUCGACUGGAUCAGUCUUGGGGAAAGUUUGAUGCAGACCUUGGAAAUCAGCAACAACUCGGAUGCCCCUGCCUAUUACCAGUUCGAUAUUGAUGGCAGAGGGAGUGUCUUCUCCUUUGAUCGCCCCUGUGGUGUCUUGGAGGGCACAACGACACUAGUCCUGAAGGUGACUUUUCGGCCUGCUCACCCCAUCAGCUAUUACCGCAGAGUGGUGUGCCUUGUCCACCAUCAGAAACCCAUAUAUGUGGACUUAUUUGGUACCUGCCAUUCAGACACAGAUAAGCCAGCCAUCCUUCGGGCAAGACAUCUCUCCUGGUACCGAACCAACAUAGUGAGGGGACUGACCUUCUACCCCCCAGACAUCCUGAGCAUGAUGCUGAAGAAUGGGAAGCUGCAGACGGAUGAAAAGAGAGCCCUCAUGCUGCCCCCUGAGGUUCCUCAGGACAAGCCUCCCAAGGAGUAUUCUGAGGCCAACUCUGUGACUGAAUAUUUCCACGAUGGUGCGAGCAGUGACCUGGCCAUGUUUCCCCCUCAUGUUAGCGUCAGCCCCAGGGAAUAUGAUUUUGGUUGCUGUGUGCCGCUCCACAAAGUAGAACCCCUUCCUCUCUGUGUGACCAAUCAUACCAAAGGAAAGAUCACUGUUGCCUGGACUCCAAGCCAUGGCAGUGCCUUCCAAGUGACCCCUGAAGUCUGUGACAUCCCGCCUUUGAAGUCUUCUGCCUUCCGUGUCCUUUUCCAGCCCACUCAGCUAAACGCUCUUUAUGCAGCGGAGCUGGAAGGCUUUGCCUUCUACAAGGUGCUGAGACAUUACAGCAACAUUGAGGAGGACACCACCAUCUGCCCAUCCUGGUGCCUGACCGUCAGGCUGAGGGCACACACAUAUGAAGCACAAAGGGAACACUUCAUCCCACAGUACAUACUCGAUGUCCCCAAGACUUUUCCUGCCGUGGCUCCUAACACCGAUACCUACUGCAGCAUGCUGCUCUUGAACACAGGCAGCUCUAUGAUAACCUUCAGUGUGAACCAAGCUGCCUGUCCCUCUGUUUUGGUAAAGCCUCGUUCAGGACACGUCAUUCCAGGAGGUCACCAGAUUUUCCUUCUCUCUACUCAUCCAGUUAACACAGACUCACAGCAGCAUGUCCUGCCCUUGCAGUUGAACUCCUGUCCUGAGUACACCCAGGAGAUUGCCCUCCGGAGCAGUGGGGAGUCCCUUCACUUGCUCUUAGAAGGUGAUGGGAAUCUAUACUUCAAACCUACCUAUAUAGGGGCCUCUUCCACUCGAAUGUAUACUAUAAAGAACUGCACAAGGCUCCCUAUGGUCUUCACAUGGAAGAUCCAUCAGUCUGACUGCAAGAUCCUGUCUGUCACCCCCACCACAGGGCUCCUCCAGCCCUGCGAAGCCAUGGCUCAGGCUUGGACUUUUGCUCCGGACAAGAAGACGAAGUAUCUCCUGCGAGCUGUGGUGUUCGUGGGCAGGGAAAGCCCCGUCCCCAUGUCUCCCAGAAGUGUCUGUUAUGCCUUAAGGAUUGUUGGAGAGGGAGCACUGGGCACCAUCAGGGUGCAAAAUGAGCACUUGGACCUUGGAAAUGUUCUGGUUGGUGACCUGCAAAGCUGUGAUGUCGUAUUGCUGAAUGAUGGGAUCUGUUCUCUAAACUACGUACUCAGUGUGGAACAACAGAUCACAGGACCUUGCGAUCCUGAGGAAGUCUGCAGUGAUCCACUGGCCUUAGAGCUGGAACACUCCAAAGGGACAAUCCCUGCAAGGUCGAAAGCUUUCGUCCGAAUAACAGUCAAGCCAGCCCGUCAACUGCGUUAUACCUGGUCAAUCAAACAUGCUAUUUGCACCCUCCCAGUUCCAGAUCUUGUGAGCACCGAAAAGGACUGGCAGCCCCUCUGCUGCAUAGUAGCAACAGGUGUCUACCCAACUCUCUGCAUCACAGAUGCCUGCUCAGCAGGGAGUGCUGGCGGUAUUAGCAAGUUGCACCUCUGGAGGCUUUUUUCCCUGGACACGCUGAAUGAAUAUUUGGAGCGAGACCCAACUCCCAGGGAGCUCACCUACAGAGUUCCCACAAGGCACAGCACAUGCUCAAUCCCUCCAGUGUACACACCUGUCCUGCUGGAUUUCAACUUUGGAGCUGCCCCGAUACACUCAGAGCCUACCCUUGUGAUGCUCCUGAUGGUGAACAAGGGUAUGAUGCCAGCUGAGUGGGCCUUCCUAUUCCCUUCUGAUCAGAAGAUGGACAUGGAGCACUGGGCAGAGGAUGCUGAGUUUAGCGCCCUUGAGCUGCAUCAGAUGAGAAUUCAGGAAAACCAGCUCUUCAGCAUUUCCCCAAAGUCUGGGAGACUUCUUCCAGGCCAGGAGGAAUCGGUCCAGCUCUCUCACAGACAUGAUUUCAUCGGCACUGAUCAUCUCCCUGUUCUGCUGAAGGUUUCCCAUGGCCGUGAGAUUCUGCUAAACUUCAGCGGUGUGACGGUAGAACAGGGGCAGCGGUACGUUCACUUUACGUCCACUAAGCACCUCUUCAUGCCCGUUGCUAUUGGGAGCUCUCACCCCCCUACACAGAUUUAUGAGCUGUACAAUGGUGGCUCUGUGCCUGUGAAGUUUGAGGUCCAGCUGGACAACACUGAGAGGAUUCAGGAGGAUAACUUUCAGCAUCCUGUGUUUGUCUGUCUGACUCCCAGAGGAGAGAUUCCUCCUGGCACAACAGGUCACAUUGAGUGGAUCUUCUCACCACUGGAAGCCAGAAUGUACUCGGUUGAUGUUCCCAUCCAUAUCCUGGGGGGUGAUUCAGCUCUGAUCACCUUCCAAGGAGUAGGCUACGACCCAAAUAUCAUGGGAGAGACUGCUGCGUUCAACAAAGUUUUGUCUCCUUCCGUCAUUCCAGGUUCUAACAAACUAACUGUUCCUGGGCAGGUAGCCACUUUAUCACACCACAGGAUUUGCCUCGGAAAUAUCCCAGACUGCGUCAAAGCUAGCCGACUUGUCUUUCUGAACAAUAUCUCAGACAGCAAGGCUGUUGUGUUUGCCUGGCAUGUAGGCACUCCUAAAGACAGCAGGAUGUUGCAGAUUGUUCCAGAGUUGGGGGUUGUGCAGCCUGGAGAGAGCACCCCUUGCUUCAUCAUGCUGCAAGCAUCAGGAAGUGCUUCCUUCUACAGCAUGGAUCUGGUGUGUGAGGUGUACGUUCAGGAAUCCCUGGCUCAGUAUGAGAGGGACCUACAGGAGUGGGAAAGGGAGAAGGAACAGCAGACUGUGGAGUUCACCAUCACAGAGAAGGAUCUGACAGCUAAGAAGAAGCCAAAGUCACCGGCAAGAAAGUCAUCAGAUUCUACUGCGAUGGAAAAACUUGCUGAGUCCUCAGCUGUGAUCAGGAAGUACAAGACAUUGCCCCCUAUUGGAAACCACCCCGUGCCCAAUCCACCUGCCAGCCGCUCUCAGAGGAGGCAGCUGCUGGACAAAGAGGCUGGCAGGCUGUGGGUGAAACCAGAGCCACCCAAGCCCAUCCUCUUACACCUUGGUGUGACAGCCAGGUCCCACUCCAUUGAAGACUUCUACAGCAAUUUCACCUCAGAGUUUCCCAAGUACUUUCUGAACUGCUCCGUCAAGGACCAGCCAUCAGAGAAUGAUUCUGUGGAUGGGAGCAAGGACAGAGAUAGGAUAGUCAUGGACCCUGACUGGCUGUCUCUGGCUGCUGCUUCUAAACAGGAAAUGCAGAUAGUGACUGACAUACUCACAGGUGUGAUCAGAGGCCUCUUGGAGGACACCCAGUUCCAUGAUACAAUGAGCAGAAGUCUGGAUGAGCCCAUCCCAUAUUUCUCUCAGUUGGGGUGUGAAAAGUCAGCAGAGCUCCAGGAGAUGGGGCAAAGCUCCGGAGUCCCCUCCAGGGUCUCUCCUUCCCCAGAUCUUUACCUUGAGGAGGAAGAUGAAGGGAUGAAAGAAGCAAGGCAGGGAACUUCUCUCAGCAAUGAUUCACUGGUGUCUUGGGAGAGGAUGAGUGAUCUCCUUCGUCAUGAGCAGUUAAAGGAGCAGAAGAAGAUGAUGAGGAGGCAGCCAGCCUUUGGGAACCUGGUGGAGCUGGUGCUAGAAAACACACUGCAGAACAUCCUGAUCGAAGCCAGCCGUGGGGAGGUGGUGCUGACAGCCCAGCCCAGGGUCAUUGCUCUACCCACCAGCCCUUUCCAGAGGUAUCGGAGUGUAUCUGAACUGCGGUGGAGGACAGAACCUGAGCUUAAUAAGUAA